GAAUAACAUGCAAAGCGCUGCAUAGCGAUCGGGCGGCGAUGAAGUGAUGCUGGUGGGAGCCGUAUCAACCCUAAAGGCAUUCUUCCUCGCGGUGCUCUAUAUCGUAAUUUUAUACAACGAUAGCCGUUCUCGUGAAAUACAAAACAACUAUUGGGCUGCAUUAUGAGCUCUUCUGGAGACGGCAAGCCAGUAACUGCUCUUCCAUCCAAAGAUAACGCGGCCAGCGGCAAGGUGCCUGUAAGCGCUAAUCCACAACAGGUCCGCAAGCUGCAGGUCGCUGCUGCUGAGCUUCAGAGCCUCAAGCAGGGCAGGAGCGUGUACUACCGCAGCGGAGGCGUGUUCCUCAUCUCCUCGCGGGAGGAGCAGCUGAAGCGCGUCAACGGAGAGUUGCAGCAGCAGCAGCAGCAGCUUCAGGCCACCUCUCCAGCAGCAGCAGCCCCGGCGUCGAUUUCGGGGCCGAAAGCGACCGCUGAGGCGGCUAAGCGUUAAGACCUCAUCCAGGUCUUCGUUUGGAGGUGCUCCGGUAGCACACCUCCGGGACGCCUGCACGCACCUCGUUGUCACCCAACCGCCGCUGCGCAACCCAACCUGCUAGCCGGGAAGCGGCUGUGGCGCUGUGCCGUACAGUGCUUUUGAGGCAGUCUUGGCAGGCUAGCUGGGGUCCCGCAAAGCGUGUGCCACCCAGCAACAGCCGCACCUAUGGCCAAGCAAGCGCGCAGCAACGGAGGAGCUGCAGGGAAGCACCAGCAGGGCGGCGCUGUCAGCAACAACAGCAACACCAAGAGACCAUGGCAGCCUAAAGGGACAAAACCAGGCCCUGCAAGCCAGUUUGCUGGUAGCAAGAAACGACCCGCUGCAGGUCCCCCCGCCGCUGCCGCUGGUGCCGCUGCUGGUGCAAAGGGCACAGAUGCGACCCGAGCAGCAAAGCGGCCAAAGGUACAACAGCAACGGAGGGAGCCGGUUGCAGCAGCGGUCAAAGGCAAGCAAGCCGACAAGGCUGUAGCAGCAGCAGUGGCAGCGGCAGAUCGCGCCAAGGCGUCCGCAGCAGUGGCCAAGGAUGCCGCGAAGAAGGCCGCUGCCGCCGCCGUCGACGCCGUCACAGUCGCUACAGCAACAGCAGCACCCGGCGCCGACGGUACGACAGCCCAUGCGGCUCCGGCAGCAGGCGUCAAGGCCGCCGCUCGCGGCGCCACUGCCAUCAAUGCCAACUGGCAAUCCCUUAAAGAAGCUGUAGCAGCAGCCAAAAGGCCGCCUCCGCCGGAACACAUACAGAAGAAGAUCCGUCGUCGUCAGGAAGCCGCCGCAGCGGCCGCAGGUGCGUCUGCCGGCGACGCCGCUGCGACCGCGGGUGGCCGGCGCCCCGGCGUCGUGGGCAGCGACACGGGUUUGACAAAGGUCCUGGCAAUCGACUGCGAGAUGGUGGGCACGGGCCCUAAGGGCAGUGUGAGCACCCUGGCACGGGUGUGCCUGGUGAACAGCUCGGGGGUGGUACUGCUGGACACGUUUGUGAAGCCCAAGGAGAAGGUGACGGACUACAGGACGUGGGUGAGCGGUGUGCGCCCCUCAGAUGUGGCCAACGGGCGACCCCACGAGGACGUCAUACAGCAGGUGGCCCACAUGGUGGCGGGCCGCAUCCUGGUGGGGCAUUCCAUCGGCAACGACCUACGCGCGCUGCGGCUGGAGGCACACCCGCGGGAGCUGCUGCGGGACACCGCCAAGUACCCGGGGCUCAUGAAGGAGCUGCCGGGGGGGCGCAAGGUGUCGGCAUCGCUCAAGGACCUGGCCGCCACGCACCUGGGUCUAGUCAUCCAGCAGGGCGAGCACACACCCGUGGACGAUGCGCGGGCGGCGCUGUACCUCUACCAGAAGUUUCACCGGGAGUGGGAGGCGGCGGUGCGGGCAGGCAACCUGACACCCGUGAGCGGUUUGGGGCGCUCGGGCAAGGGUGACCGGC